GGUUGCAGGCAGGAAAAUAGCAUAUGCCUGAGAGUCACUCUGUAACAAACAAAGCAUCCGGACUUAUCACCUCUGCUUUAUCAGUGCAGCUAGAGGAUUGCUGGGAAUCUACUGGAUUACUUUAACUGGACACCUUCCCUGUUGGAUUAAAAAAAAAAAAAUAGAAAAAAGAAACCUUUGGAAAUAUCUGACCACCUCUUAACUUGAUGUGAUAUCCACAACUGCUUGCCUCAGCUAUGUAUCAUCCUGUGAUCUCAGCCUGCACUUGCCUAUGUUUACACUUCUUGGUGCUGUGCUUUCUGGUACAGAUGUUUGCUGCUGAGGAAAAUGUAGACUUUCGGAUACAUGUAGAAAAUCAAACAAGAGGAAGAGAUGACGUGAGCAGAAAGCAACUUCGACUUUAUCAGCUCUACAGUAGAACAAGUGGAAAACACAUCCAGGUUCUCGGAAGACGUAUAAGUGCAAAAGGAGAAGAUGGAGAUAAAUAUGCCCAGCUCCUUGUGGAAACUGACACAUUCGGUAGCCAAGUCCGGAUCAAAGGAAAGGAGACAGAAUUUUACCUAUGCAUGAAUAGAAAAGGCAAACUUGUUGGAAAGCCCGAUGGUACCAGCAAGGAAUGUGUUUUUAUUGAAAAAGUUCUAGAAAACAACUACACAGCAUUAAUGUCAGCAAAAUAUUCAGGCUGGUAUGUUGGCUUUACUAAAAAAGGACGGCCUCGUAAGGGCCCGAAAACGAGAGAAAACCAGCAAGAUGUGCAUUUUAUGAAGAGAUACCCAAAAGGCGUGGUAGAGUUACAGAAACCCUUUAAAUACACCACAGUAACAAAAAGAACUAAACGAAUACGACCUACGAAACCGAGUUAAGGAGGAAAUUGAAUUUCAAUUCACCAAACUGCACCAGAGGAUUAUUUUUACAUUAAAAAUAAGGAAAAGCUUUAUUUUUGUACUUUGUGUUUAAAACGUAACCAGGACUGCUGGGGAUAAGACUUUAUUGUGACUUGAAAAAAAAAGAAUAUGUUCUAUUUAAAUUGACUGUUGACGUAGGUGCUUUCAUCAUUUGGAAACGAUAGCUUCUGAGCAGAUCCCCAGAGAAAAACCAAAGAAAACCAAAGUUCUUUCCUAAGAAGGAAUGAGCUAAGAAUGUUUGCAGUAAUCUAUUUAUUAUUUGCUGCAAUCAGUAGCAAAAUAACUUGGUGUGCAAAACAAGUCAUUGAGUUUCUGUGGAAUUCUCAAUACAUCGAUCUUUUAAGGUUUUGACAUAGGGAAUCACUGUUCCGUGGUCCUGCAUUGUGCUCAGUUGUGGAGAAUGCUGCUAAUGAAUGCAAAUGAUUUCAUCAUCCUGUACACCAAUGAUAAGGGAAUAUCUUAAAACCAGCUAUAUUAUAUAUUAUAUAUAAAUAUAUAUGUAAAGCUAUUUAUUUCACUUCUUUGUAUAUUGCAGUUCAAUGAAUCAAGUAUUACUGCCUCAACAAAAAAAACAUAUUAUUUAAAACAGAAACAAAAGCAAAACUAUCAAGUUUUUUUUUUUUCAUUUAUGUUCAUGAGACAACAUUUUUUUUAAAUGUGGUUUUCAGUAAUUUUAAGAAGAAAUGAGUGAAGAAUAAGCAAACUUAACAUUUCACAACAUCAAGUCAGAAUUUAUGACGGACAAACUAAAAUCAUGCAGCCUAUAUGUGAGUUGCAAAAGUUUGUGACUAUAGCAAAAGAGUUUUAUUCUGCUUUUUUUGCUAUAUGAACAUUUUAACAUCAAAUUAUCAAAAGAUGGACAUUUUAAAGGAAUAGUCUAGUCAAAAUUAAACUUGCAUGAUUCAGAUAGAGCAUGCAAUUUUAAGCAACUUUCUAAUUUACUCCU